CUCCAAAAGCUCUUUAAUCAUAAAAAUUAUUAGAACAAAAAGAGAAACUCUUUCUCAUAGUUUGCUGCCACUGCCACUGCCAUCUUCUUUUAUUUCAAUUGUUGCUAUCUACUACUUUUAUACUAACCAUGCAAGAAAAAACAAGAAUGCAGAAGAAGAGAUCUGUGGUUGGUCGUAGAGCUUGGAACAUUCUUCGCGUUGCCUUGUUAUGGGCAAGAAAAGGUGGCAUUUUCAAGAACAGACACCUUAUGUCCGAUCUCCGUUUGCUUCCUAAAUAUAUUAAAAGUCUUCGUCAUAGCAACGACUAUGGGUAUGGCAGUGCACUACAUUAUGGAGAGCGUGAGCUUUCCUUUGAUGACACCCCUAUCAUUCACGUUAAGAUGCAUCGCCCUCCUUCCCUUCGUUUCAAGAUGCCUAACAUCCCCUGUAUUAAACCACAAGUCGAUUUUGACUUUGAAAAUGAUCGUGAUCAUGAAGAUCAUGAAAUGUACAAUGGUAAUGAUGAUGAUGAUGAUGAUAUUCCUAGGAAGAGUUUCUUGAAGUGUACGGAAGAUGUAAAUGAAGAGGAUACAUAUGCAAACUGUGAGUUAUCUGAGGAGAUUAGUUGUCCCGGAGAUGAAGCUAUUGAUAUGAAGGCUGAGGAAUUUAUUGCAAAGUUCUAUGAACAAAUAAAGCUGCAAAGACAAAUAUCAUAUUUACAAUACCAUGAGACGACGCUCGCUAACUAAAGGUGCAAAUAGACAGACACUUGCAGGCGCUUUCCACUCGCCAAUUUUCAUUCUUUUUGGAUGUCAUUAUUCUUGUUUCAAUUUCAUACUGGCUAGUAGUAUUCUUUCUGUAUAGGAUGCAUUACGUUGCGGAUUAUUUGUAUAUAGAAGAGGUAUUGAUCAGUAUUCUACUCCUCACUGCAAAAUGAGAUCAGCUCAAACUUUUUUUUA